AUGCCCAACGUGUUGACCAAGUUGGCACCAAAAGUGACCUUUAUUGAGUCGAUGCCCGAGGAGUUGAAAAACAAAGACUACUCCAACGCCCGACACAUCUCAGGCCUGACCCACGAUAUGCUCAUGUCGUUUGAGAUCCGGGGUCUCGUCGGCGAGAAGAUUGUGCGCAUUCCUCAUCACACAAACACUUUGGCCGACACUAACCUAAUGCUGAGCGAAGCGUUUGGCAAACCAGUGGUCGACAGCGUAGACAUCACCGGCUUUCAGGAGAUGUGCUUUAAGACUAAAAACGCGCUGUAUUUUUACACCAUUAACUAUUGGGCCAUAUUUGCCUUUAUGCUCGACGAUUACCUGGAUCAAGUUAUGGUGGGCGACGGCGAGGGCAGACAUGUUAUAUGCGAGUGGCAGAAGAAGUAUUUGUUGGGCGAAAGUGACGGCACAACUGGUUUCGACAAAAUGCUCGUCAAAUCUAUGAAACUAAUUAAACAAAUGCUGAGACCAGACCUGUUUGUACGACACGUGAUGUAUGGCGUCGGUUGGAUCGGCACAUACCUGACCGCCAAUCAGACAAAGUUUAAUAACAAACUUAUGACUUAUGAAGAGUAUUGGUAUCAGAGGGAACGGGACUGCGCGGCUGAUCUAGUUUAUAUAUUUAUGGAACAAUGCAAUAAUUUGGACACGGUCAAAUACAGCCUAAUGGAUGACAAUGUUUAUAUUGCAUUUUACAAAUCGGCGGCCAAACAAUCAACAAUUGUUAACGAGAUCUACUCAGUCAAGUCGGAAGUGUUGAAAGAUGAGGGUAAAUACAGUUACCUGUACCUGCUAAUGGCACACGAGGGCUGGCACUGUCAACGGGCCAUCGACCAGAUGGUGGCCGAAGUGCACUAUCAAUGGUAUGCGUGUAUUAACUACGGCUCACAACUCGUAGAGUACGGCUGUAGAGAGCGGGACUGCGCGGCUGAUAUAAUUUAUAUAUUUAUGGAGCAAUGCAAUAAUUUGGACUCGGUUAAAUACGGCCUAAUGAAUGACCCUGUUUAUAUCGCAUUUUACAAAUCGGCGGCCAAACAUUCAAUAAUUGUUAACGAGAUCUACUCAGUCAAGUCGGAAGUGUUGAAGGAUCAGGGUAAAUACAGUUACCUGUACCUGUUAAUGGCACACCAGGGCUGGCACUGUCAACAGGCCAUCGACCAGAUGGUGGCCGAAGUGCACUAUCAAUGGUAUGCGUGUAUUAACUACGGCUCACAACUCGUAGAGUACGGCAUACCUGAGCUGACAGAGUAUGUGCACGAAGUGAUGCAUGAG